GGGAGGAACUACAGAGAGAAUGCGAGGUGGAAAACGACGGAGAGAAAACCUCGGAACCUCCGAAAAAAAUCAAGGAAUUACUGAAGGAGUUCCAAGACAUUCUUCCCAACGACCUUCCGAACAAGCUGCCGCCAUACCGAACGCACCAACACGAGAUCGUGGAAGAACCAUGUUCGAAGCCGACCUUCCGAGCACCAUAUCGGCUCAGCCCCACGGAGCUAGCCGACAUGAAAAAACAGAUCGAGUAUCUUCUCGCAAAAUGACUCAUCCGACCACCCACUUCGCCAUACGGUGCCCCAGUACUCUCCAUACCGAAACCAGACGGAAGCCUGUGCAUGUAAAUCGAUUACCGAGCUCUCAACAAGCAGACCAUCAAGAACAAAUACCCAAUUCCACGAAUCCAUGACCUGCUUGACCAGCUUCGGGGAGCC